UCUGAGCAAGAGACUCUUGCUGUAUUCUUUUAGGUUUUCUGUUGAACGUUUUUCGUUGAGCUCUUUGUGUGUCGCUCUUUCAAUGAGCAUUGCCUAAAGAGCGAAACGAGAAACGCUCGCACAAUGAGAGUCAGCAAAAGACCGAUUGACCGAAAAACUCAACGCAAACGGUCUUUGCAUUUACUCACACACACUCAAUACACGAUCGCAAUACAGACGCUUAACGACUUGCUUGCCUAUGCGUGUGAGUGUAUACCAAUACAUAUGCAAAAGACUUUUUGCUUCACUGAACACGACAAAACGGUCUUGGAACAACCAGAACAAAACAGAAUUAAAAAAAACGGUUUCGCUCUGAGCGCGAGCGAGCUCAUUUAAGCACCCUUAUUUCGGUUGCUCUCUGAGUUUUUUCGUAAAGUGUCAGGAAAAGACACUUAUUUGCAGACAACGAGAAACGGUCGACAGUUAUUUGCGAGCUCUGAUCUAUUCAUACUGUAUGUACAGUUAUAAAUUCACAGCUUUGCAUUUUUCCUCUAUAUCAAACGAUCGUUUGUAUGGCAGCUAUGAGAGUAGCGAUUCGGAUAUGGAAGUACUGGAUAGUGCAAGUGGCGAUCAAAAUCGCAUUGUUCAGGGUCUUAAAAAAUCUAUUAAGCGGAAACAGAAAAAAAUCCACGAUUUGACUGCAAAGUUGAUAAUAUCUGAAAAUAAUUUAGCAUGUGAAAAGGAAAAGACCAAGGAUAAGGAGGAUGUAAUUAAAUCAUUGAAAUUAUCAAUCGAUGCAAUUAAAGAUAACUUUGGUCAAAGCUUAAAAAAAAUUGACUGCGAUCUGCAUGAAACUAAAAUUGACGAAUUGAAUGCCAACAUUGAAAUAUUGGAAUGUAAACUUAAGAAUAGAAACGAAAAAAUCGCCGAAUUGGAAGAUAAAAUGGAAAAAUACGAAACAAAUCUAAAAGAGAAAUCUGGGCUUAUCGCCGAGCUGGAAUCCGUAAUCAAGAUAGCUGAAGACUCAGCUUUGGAAGAUAUAAGAACUAAAGAGGAGAAAGAUGAACAGAUCGCCAAGCUUGAAUCUCAAGCUAAAGUGGAUGCAUCCAUGAUAAAGAAACUCAAUGACAAACUCUCUACGUUCACUCUAAAAGUUGAGCCCAGUGAUGACUCAAGGGAGACAAUGAUCUACCUUAACUGCACUAAAAUGACUUCAAUUCAAUUUGUCAAACUUCCUAAACUUAGUUUUGCGGCAGUUUUUGAGGAUCUCCCAUCAGCCGGUCCUGGUUGGAUGCUCAUACAGCGUCGAAUCGAUGGAAGCGUCGUACCUCUCCCCGGUUAUCGUUGCUCGGAGUAUUUUAAUGGAUUUGGUGACCUUAGUAGAGAGUUCUGGCUUGGCUAUGAAAAAUUACAUAUCCUGACUACAAAUCAGAGACAUGAAUUAUAUAUUGAACUUGUUGAUUUUGAUAAUGCGACAGCUUACGCUCGAUAUGAUCACUUUGAGGUUGGCAGCGACAAAGAACACUACGCUUUGAAGAAACUUGGUCAAUACUCUGGAAGUGCUGGCGAUUACUUGACUUUGACUUCUUCAUGCCAACAAUUUGUGGUUGAUAAGAAUGAAGAUAUCCCUCCAUAUGAAAUGAUGGACUACGGAUGGUGGGAAAAUACUCUAUGCAAUUUGAAUGGAAAGUACUACGGUUAUAAAAAAGUACUGGAGUCUCCUGAUGGCAUUUGGUGGGGUACCUGGAAUAUGGGGAAACGACAUUCUCUUAAAUCCUGUAAGAUGUUAAUACGGCCAAGGCCAUAGCAGGAUCUGUCAAUAACAUUUCCAUAAAACUCAUUUAUUCCUAUUCCAUGAAAAUAUGCAAGUAAGAACAAAUACCAUAUGAAGUACAGCAUUUUUAGUAAGCAUUAA